UGACGACUUGUCGUCCUCCUCCAUCUCCUCAUCGUAGGAUGGCUUCGGGAGAGAUGGCCUUCUUCGCAAGGCCUUCAUCAUCUGCGGUAAGAAUUGUUGCUCCCUCGGGGAAGGAGCAGGAACCCGUUGGUACCAAACCAUCCCCAAGAAAGGGUCCGUAUUCCUACACUUGUCACAUCUGCGACUGUCCACACGGACUCACUCGUAUUUGUCUCACUUCUAACCUAGAUUCGACUCAACGACAAUGUAGGAAUAUUCUGAUCUAUGGCUCGUGUAAAUUCCAGGAUAAAGGCUGUAUCUAUUCUCACCCUUCACGCGAUAUUCCAUCCCCCGCACCUCCGGAAUCACCUGUACCUGCACCUGCACUUCCCGCACAAUCUGUCAACGCCCCUGUAUUUGUACCUAAGACCCCGAUACCUCAUCCAGCCAGCCCGGCACCUGUAGCAUCUCAGUACUAUCAGUCUCAAUCUUCCUCUUCCUCUUCUUCCGGUGCCAUUGAUCCGACUGCAGCAGCAGCAGAACUUCGUGAUGAUAAUGACCCUGUCGUCGCUGCCAACGCGAACGCGGUUGCGGCCGUGGCGGCCGUUACACCAGCAAAAGAGUUCAUUCCGUUUGAACCUUAUGGAAUGGCAGAGUCUAUGCCUGUACCUGAGGGUUCAAUGAUGUCGCCUUAUGCGAAUCCUUAUGCUGCCCAGGACCAAGCACAGAUGCUCGAAUAUGAUGCCCAGGGCGCAGACCUAUUCUAUUCAACAUCGCCUUCUUUCGUUCGUCAACCUUUGCAAUACCACCUAUACACUCAACCGCGCCCUGAGGACCUCCAACCACGAUUCUUUGUUCCAGAUGACAUUCGCGAGGAACUUCAACAACGUGCCGAGAAUAUUCAUACUGCUCCUGCUCCAGGACUCGGGCUACCCGAGGAGCUACAAGGCUAUCAUAGCCUGAUUCCCUUGGAACCGGUCACAGGCGAACGACGUAAGUUCGGGAACUGGUAUUCUGCAGUGUAUAGAGCGACCAAGGCGUCAGAUGGGUUGCCUUAUGUCUUGCGUAGGAUUGAGAAUUUCCGGUUGAAAGACGUCGAGGCAUUCUCUACGAUAUUGGCUUGGCGUCGUAUACAACAUCCAAACAUCAUAUCAGUGAGGGAAGCAUUCACCACUUCUGCAUUUGGGGACGCCUCUUUAGUCGUCGUGUACGACUAUCAUCCAAAUUCAACUACUCUCUCAGAAGUACAUGUGAGGUCUAAGCAACCACAAGCCACCAGUGGUCGCGGAAGUCGAUCUCAGGAUCGAAUACCAGAACAAAAUUUGUUAAGUUACAUCGUUCAGAUCGCGAGUGCCGUUAAAGCGGUCCACGAUGCGGGGCUCUCGCUACGUAUCAUCGACGCUACCAAGAUCCUCAUUACCGGCAAGAACAGGGUCCGCGUCGGUUCUUGCGGCGUUGUCGACGUCCUCAUGUACGAAGCCCAUCAAGAUAUGGCCAGCCUUCAACAAGAAGACCUGACGAUGUUCGGCAAACUUAUAUUAGCACUCUGUUGCCACCAUCCAGGUGCUCCGUAUAAUCCACAGAAAGCACUAGAGCAAAUCAAUCGAUAUUACUCGGUGGAAGUCAAACAGAUCGCACUGUUCCUUAUGGGCAAGCCGAAUGUGCCUCAAGGGAAGAAGGCUAUCGACCAGAUAGUUGACAUGCUCUCUCGCCAAUCUAUCAAGAAAGUCGAAGAGGCCCAUAGCGCCGUCGACCGCCUUGAAGCUGGUUUGAUGAGUGAGCUGGAGAACGGUCGCCUCGUUCGUCUCCUGUGCAAGUUCGGCUUCAUCAACGAACGCCCCGAGUUCGCUCUGGACCCAAGAUGGAGUGAAACGGGCGAUAGGUAUAUUAUUAAGCUGUUCAGGGACUACGUCUUUCAUCAGGUGGAUGAACACGGGCGGCCUGUGGUAAAUCUGUCACAUGUGUUGACUUGUCUAAACAAGCUCGAUGCUGGUACAGAUGAGCGGAUCAUGCUGGUCUCGCGAGAUGAGCAGAGUUGUCUUGUGGUAACGUACAAGGAAGUCAAGUCAUGCAUCGAGUCGGCGUUUAACGAGUUGGGAACGGCUGCGGCAAGCUGAUGAUCAGAGCUGAAACCCUAUACAUUAUAUCAUGGAAAAUAAGUAGAAUCCAGAAAAAGACGCAGAAAACGUGACAAAAAUACGAUCGAUUUCUUCCUCUUAUCAUACUUACGUGACUCCAAGCGACCUACAUGACGAUUCCCUGUUGCUGAUCAGACUUCUCGGAACGCAGGGAUCGCUCAACCUCGCGGCAGAAGAGGAAAGCAGCCUCACCUGGGAGCUUUCAGCGACCAUUCUAGAUUCCAUGCUUGAGGCCGAAUGACGUCUCCACCUGUCAAAGUGUUAUUGUUGCCUUCUGCAUCCUUGUUUGACUGGCGCGAGAAUGUGCACAUGAGAAUGUUGGUGUCGGAUGGCCACUUUGGUUUCAAGCUCGUGAGACAUGUGCGCAGGGUAUGCAUUUCUGACCGCGAGAGAAGGCUAUGGUGAGCGGGUGCGUCGAGUUGUAAUAUCGCACAGGUGCAGGGUCCCGGAUCACACCCCCUUGUGCUUCCAAACCUUCCGAAGAGUUGGCUCGGCAUUUUCCUAUGGUCAAAACGUGGGAUAAGUAUGGAGGAAAUUGUCGUCGGUCAGGGCGGAGCAUCGAGGCUAACUCGGAGGAGUAUGGAGUAUCUGAGCUAUAUACGCUCAAUAGUCGAGGCGAAUGUUAGUAUAAUAGGCUGUAGCUUGAGGGAAAGUUGUAACAACUUGAGUGUUUUA